AGAGAAACGGACGCAUAUCUAGCGGGACACAAAAUCGACGGUCGAAUUAUUCUUCCAGGCGCCAAACUCGCACUGAUAGUUUGGAAAAUUUUUGCAAAACUACGCAAAAUUAAUUUCGAGAAACUGCCGAUAAUUUUCGAGAAUGUGUGGUUUCAACGCAUUACUUUCCUGUCGAAAAAAAAACCGAUCAAAUUAUUGGUAAGAAUCUUCGAAGAAACAGGUGAUUUCGUGGUCUGCGAACUCGAUACAGUAAUCUUCAGUGGAAACAUACGCGCUGCCGAACGCGUUGAGAAAGAUCUGAAUCGGCCUCUGCCUCUGCUACCCAUACCGCCUACCUACAAAGAGCUUUUAUUACCGUUGAGCACCGAGGACGUUUAUAAAGAACUAAGGCUGCGCGGAUACGAAUACAGCGGUUUUUUUAAAGGGAUAAAAUCCAGCGACAGUUAUUGUAUCGUAGGCGAGUUAUUCUGGUUCAACGAA